UUUGUAUGAGUACAAAGUACUUCUCCAGCAUUAUAUACGAAAUACUGCUCCUCUCUUUCUAUUGUUCUGUAUUCUAUGUUCUUCAUCUAAGUCACUCCCUCUCCUUUGCUCCAUGCAACUGUUCUUGCACUGGAUUCAGAACUUUGUCGCCUCAUUGAAGUUUCAGCUCACUGCUGCUCAAGCAGACAUGAAGGAGCUAGUGGCAAUGCUUUUCCUUGUUGCAAUAUGCGCUGCUGCGGAAAGCAACGGAGAAGACAAUGGUGGACCAUGUAAACAAAAUGCGUUGAAUGCUAGGCCUCACAGUGUGUCGAUCUUGGAGUUUGGGGCUGUCGGAGAUGGAAUAACACUGAACACAGUUGCGUUCCAAAACGCAAUAUUUUAUCUCAAGUCGUUUGCUGACAAAGGGGGUGCCCAACUAUAUGUUCCAUCUGGGACAUGGCUUACUGGGAGUUUUAACCUCACCAGUCACCUCACUCUGUUCCUUGAGAGAGGUGCUACCAUCAUUGCAUCUCAGGAUUGUUCCCAUUGGGAUGUAGUGGAUUCGCUCCCUUCUUAUGGUAAAGGAACUGGGAGAUAUCGCAGUUUAAUCUACGGACAGAAUUUAAGUGAUGUGGUAGUUACUGGUGAUAAUGGAACAAUAGACGGGCAAGGUUCUAUCUGGUGGAAGCUGUUCAGUUCUCAUUCCUUAAACUACAGUCGACCAAAUCUUAUAGAAUUUGUUGAUUCGGUUGAUGUCAUAAUUUCCAAUUUGACUUUUGUGGACUCUCCAGCUUGGGGCAUCCAUCCAGUAUAUUGCAGCAACGUUCAAAUUCAGAACAUUACUUCUCGUGCACCUGCCGAAUCCCCUUACACGAGUGGCAUAGUUCCAGAUUCUUCUAAGUAUGUUUGCAUCGAGAACAGUAACAUUAGCACUGGUCAUGAUGCAAUCGUGUUGAAGAGUGGUUGGGAUCAGUACGGAAUUGCCUAUGGAAAACCAACCUCGAGUGUCCAUAUCCGCAAUGUUUACCUACAAUCAUCAUCAGGUGCUGGCUUGGCUUUUGGGAGUGAGAUGUCUGGGGGAAUAUCAGAUGUUAUUGCAGAAAAGCUUCACAUACUUAACUCGUCCAUAGGCUUUGAACUGAAAACAACUAGGGGCAGAGGUGGCUAUAUGAAAGGCAUCUUCAUUUCUGAUGCAGAAUUGGAAAAUAUUCACUUGGGAAUAAGCAUGACAGGAUACUCCGGUUUCCAUCCAGACGACAAGUAUGACACGAGUGCACUUCCAGUUGUUGGUAGCAUUACUUUCAAGAAUGUGAUGGGUGCAAAUAUUGAUGUUGCUGGGAAUUUUUCAGGAAUAUUUGAAUCACCAUUCUCAACGAUCUGUCUUUCAAAAGUGACUUUUUCUCUCAGUUAUGAGAUAUCCCCUUCGUGGUUCUGUUCUAAUGUAAUUGGUUUCUCCGAGGAGGUGAUUCCUGAGCCAUGCCCCGAUCUCCAGAGCUCGUAUUCCAAGUUCUCCUUUUCUUGCUUUGCUUCCCUAUAUCCACACUCUAGUAAUAUCUCCGGCUCUUUAGACCAAGUACUAUAAUCACCCGUUUCAUUCACUCUAUAUACGAGAAACAAAUUUCACAUUGCAUCUAAAGCCUCUUCAACUUCAUCCAAUUUCCAAUAAACCAAAAUUCUUGAUGCAAAUAUGUUCCUUCUAUUCAACAUUUCAAUCAACCUUCCAUUUGUUGGUGUCAAGUCCAAAUAGUACAUUCAUGUACAGCCUCAAUUUCUUCAUUCAUGUAAGAAAUUUUUUGAUGGUGGUGUACAGCCAAAGACGCUUUUUGCUUUGAACGUAUAAUUUAAAACAAAGGAGUGCUACCUUGAUUCUUUGUCUAUCAUGAAUUGGCUCUGUGGUACACAGUGUAUUGGUUUUGAUAAAGCAAAGCUGACAAUAUUCUCUUUAAUUCACAUUAUAUGAUUGCUUCUGUUGACUUGCUUGGUAUGGCAGAAGCAUGCAUGGUGAUGGAAAUUUAUUAACCUUGAAUUCCAUGACACUGUUUUCUUGUCACGGCAAGCAUAUAGCCAAUCUUAAAAUAACACGAGGACAGGAAUAUUAGGAGCUAGAUUUUUAUUAACAAGGUUGAAAGGUUUGUGUCCUAUAUCCAAUGUUAGGUCAGUGGUUCUUCUGCUUUUCCUUUUCUCCAUUGGUAGACAGCUAUACUUUACUCAAUCUGAUGGACUGCGAGUGGCCACCAAUUCCAUCAAUGGCUGUUCAUUGUCCCACUCCACCCUGGAGCUGGGAAACCUGAAUCAGUUGGUUACAUAUCACUUCAACUUUCUUACGUACCAUUUAAUUAAUGGAGCCACCACUAAACCUAAACCAAGAAUUCGCGUGCAAAA